GGGCUGCGGAAGGACUCCUUGAAGGAGACCGUCAAAAUGGUUUUGGCCGAAGCGCCAUCAUGCAGAUUCUCUGGGAUAAAGUACGCAUACUCAAAGAGCGGCAAGGACGGGGCAAAGCUCGGGACCCCUGCUAGAAGCAGUCUCUGAUCUGCCAGUGUGAAUCUCUUAUCUUGCAAGCUGUUAGGGGCGUCGGGCACUUCUUGGAUGCGGCUACUUCGCCGACAUGGUUCCGCCACUUGGCUUACGAGGUUACCUUAUCAGCAGUUGACAUCUUAGUUUGACACGCAGCAGUCAACGUUCUUACAGGACGUCCUCUGUCUGAAGGGAGCAGUCAGACUCGUGAGAGUAGCCCCGGGAAGUUUGCAGCAUGCAAAGCCUGGAUGGUCGAGUCCAGGGGCGGCUGCCCCAGCUGCGGCUGAAGGAGCUGAAGGAGGUGCUGGCGCGCCUCGGCCUGCCGCGCGUGGGCGCCAAGGCGGUGCUCCUCGACCGCAUUGCCAAGGCCCUCGAGGCGCCCCCCUCCGACGGGGAGGCCUGGGACUCUUUCCCCAUUGCGGCCAUGGGCCGCUCCCGCCAUGUGAGCAAGGAGGCGGUGGAGCGCGCGGUGGACGACGUGUGGCAGGCCUGGCACCGGGGGGGCGCCGCCAGGACCCCCGAGAAGAGGGAACCGCGCCCCCCCAAGCGCGAGGGGGUUGUGCGGUGCGUGUGCCACACGCUGGUGGCGCAGGGGGCCAUGGCGCAGUGCUGCGACUGCCGCGUGUGGCAGCACAACAAGUGCGUGGCCCUCGACGAUGCCUCCGCGCUGGGGGAGUUCCGCUGCGAGGCAUGCCGGCUGGCCAAGGGGGAUCCCUUCUCGGUGGCCGUCGCGCAGCCCCUCCCUGCGGCCAAGCUGCGGCCGCCGCUGGUGGCGCCGGUGCGCGGGGACAAUAUGAUGCAGCAGGUGGAACGCACGUUCCAGCUGUCGGCCGCGCACCGGGAAAUGCUGCUCAACCCGGACCACGACCUGCAAGUGUACAGCGUGCUGUUGAACGACCCCGUGCCGUACCGGUGCCACUGGCCCGCGUAUCCGGACCUGCGCAUAAACGGCAUGGUGGUGCGCGUGACGGGCCGGCAGGGCCAGCAGAAACUAGGCGUAGGAGGCCGGGAUGAGACUCCCAGCAUUGCCACCGUGGCACGCGAUGGCCUCAACCGGCUCUCCCUGUCCGCGUAUGAUGACCGGCCCUUUUGUGUGGGCGUACGCAUCAUCGAGAAGCGGUCUCUGGAGGAGAUCAUGGCGCGCGUCCCUGGGCCGGAGGAGGGCGAAACUUUCGAGGACGCGCUGGCGCGGGUGAAGCGGGUGGUGGCCGGCAGUGGGGGCGACGCCGACGACAGCGACGACGAGCUCAUGACGCUGCAGUCGGCCGUCUCCGUGCGCGACCCGAUGAGCGGCGUGCGCAUUCAGGUCCCCGGCCGCUUCCGGUCGUGCAGCCACCUGGCGUGCUUCGACCUGCCGACGCUGGUGGAGAUGAACCGGCGCGCGCGCAAGUGGCAGUGCCCGCACUGCCUGCACAACUGCAGCCUGGACGAUCUCAUCAUCGACCCGUACUUCCACCGCGUGCUCGCCGUCUUCAGCGCCGAGCACGACAGCGACCACACCGACCUCGAGAUCGCGCCCGACGGCGCCUGGCGCGCGUUUCUCAGCGGAGACGCCAAGAAGGCGGCGGGGGGGGUGCAGCCGCGGUGGCACAAGCCCGAGGAGACGACGUACGUGGCGCCCCCGCCAGAGGAGCAGCCGGCGCCGGUGGUGAAGAAGGAGGACGAGGGCCGGCGAGGGUCAGGCAUCCUGAAGAUCCGGCUGAAGCGGGACAGGGGGGACGCGCAGGGGGCGUGGCAGAUCGAGCGGCACGAGAAUGGAACGGCAGAGCGGCCGGCGAAGCUGGCGAGGACUGAUACGGAUGGGGGCAGUAGCGACCGCAAGAGCGACGUCAACAAGGCGCUCGCGGCGGACGAGGGGGGCACGGGCAAGAACCUGGUGAUCGACCUCAGCGACAGCGACGACGACGACGACCUCGUGGUGGCGGCGCGGCCGGCAGACAAGAAGAGCGCCAACGGGUGGGGCGGGGCGGGGGGCGCCGCGGAGCAGGGGCCCGCGCAGCUCGAGGCGCGGGGCUUGCACGACCUGCUGGCAGCGGCUGCGGCGGCAGACGGGCCGUCCGUAUCAGGCGGGGCACCGGCGUCGGAGGGGCAGCGGCAAAGCAGCCCCCACACUGCGGACGCACAUGCGGGGGGAGCCGCCCAGGGGGAGGGGCUGUGGGGACGGGGCGGGGGGGAGAGGUACUGGGGGGAGGCGCGAGUUCCGGGCCUGGCAGAGCCGCGGCAUGGGGCGGGGCCCCCGCCACUGGAGGGGGGCUUCGUAGCAGCGCCCGCCUUCGACACGGGGGUCAGCGUAGCGUUCUCGAUGCCGCGCUCUCCGGGAUUCGGCGCUCAGCCGGGGGCAAGCUCGGAAGCAGGGCGCCGGCUUCCUUCGUUUGUACAUUCGAACUCGGAGGUGUCGCGGGGGCCGGGCUUUAGGAGGUACGCGGAGGCGGGGCGCGGUGGGGGCGAGGGCCUCGUGCCCAGCUGGCCCCCCCGAAAGGUGGCAGCGAGCGGCCACCCCAAGGGGCAGCGCACCAACCGCACGUCCAGCCCCGCGCGCUGGGGGGACUUCGCGAGCCGCAGCGGGGGAGACCUGUACGCAGCGCCGCCAGAGCAAAGGAACGGCUUUGGGGGGGCAGGAUACGGUGCUGCCAGUCUGCCGGGCGGAGGGGCCACGUUGGCCAGACAGACGGAUGCUGUUGAUCCGAGGAACGGGUUUGGAGGCUCCAAUUACGACCGGUUUGGCGGGGGCGUGGGCCCCUCGGGUGGGGACAGCCACCCCCCUGGCUUUGGGCCGGGGGAAUGUGGCGACACAGGCGCAGCGCGGGGCAGGCCGGCCGAAUUUGAUCCUUUCGCCAUGGGGGGCCUCGAGGACGACAUGUCGUGGCGGGGGUACCUGGAGCGGGAGCGCAGCCCGGAGCAGGCGGGGCAGGCAGAGCACGGUGCGGGGGGGGGGGACUGGUUCCCAGGAUCGGGUCAGUUUGACGCGGGAGGAUUGGACCCAGGGGCCGUGCGAGAUGGGGGGGGCAGGAACGGGGUCAGGGACGGCGAUAACAUGGAUGCGUGGUUCCGGGACACGUUUGGGGCCGAUGACAUGGGACACUUCGGAGGACUGGAGGACACUGCGAGGGGGGGGCUCGGAGCAGGGGGGGUGUGGCACUGACGAGCUUUGACACGAGCUUGCAAAGGUAUACUGGUGUUGGAGCACUAGGGAUCUCGGGAGGCAGUGACACAUACAAAUUGUAUAUGGGUUCCAAGACUGUGUCACAGUCAUGUCGUAGCCUGCAAUGUCAGGCUCGCACCCUUGAAUAACAUUGACUACUUAUUCCAGGUUUCUUCGACAAAUGGUGCCUGUGGU